AUGUCAGAUUCAAGUAACUUGGGCUCGUUCGUCGCCAAGCACAAGGUCGCCAUCCUGGCCACGUUGGGGGUCACCGUCACCGCUGCCUCCACCUAUUACUACCUCCAAGCUCAACAAUCAUCAGCAACAUCUAAACCAAGUGCUGAUUCUCCAUCCAAAAAAUCCAAAAAGAAGAAAUCAAAGAAGAAGCAUAGUGCUGAUGCUAAUGAGAAAUCACCUGCUGCUGCUACUGAUGCUCCUACUGAAAAAGCUUACCCAAUUGAUUCAAAUGGUGAUCCUUCUUUAACUCAAGAAUUGAUCAAUUCAUUAUCUGAAGAUGACAAGAAUAAAAUUGGUUUAGCCUUGAAAGAAGAUGGUAAUGAUUUUUUCAAAAAUAAAAAUUUCGAAAAAGCUAUCAAAUUUUACACUGAAGCCUUGAAAUUAAGUCAAGAUCCUGUUUAUUAUUCAAAUAGAUCUGCUUGUUAUGUUGGAUUGGAAGAUUAUGAAAAAGUUGUUGAAGAUACUACAUCUGCUUUGAAAUUAAAACCUGAUUAUACUAAAUGUUUAUUAAGAAGAUCAAAUGCUUAUGAACAAUUGGGUAAUUAUGAAGAAUCAAUGUAUGAUUUAACUGCUUUAACUUUAUUUGGAGGUUUCAAUAAUAAAUCAAUUGAAGCAAUCUUGGAUAGAGUUUUGAAAAAACAUUCAAGUCAAAUUGUGGAGAAAAACUUAUCAAAACAUCAAAAUGAAUUGCCUUCUGCUUCUUCAAUUAGUUCUUUCUUUGGUGCUUUUGAAACAGAAUGGGAUAGUAUUGAAGGCUUGAAAAAAGAUGAGGAAAAUACUGCUGAUUAUUAUUUGUAUCAAGGUUUAAAACAAUUGGAUGAAAGAAAUUAUGAAUCUUUUGAAAAAGCUGAUUCUUAUUUCACUCAAGCUGUGGCAAAUUAUGAAUUGACUUACAAAAUUGAUGAGUCAAUUAAAGAAAAAUAUGCAAUUGCAUUAGAAUAUUCAGGUGCUUUUAAAUUUUUGAAAAAUGAUCCAUUAAAUGCAUUAACUGAUUUCCAGAAAGCUUUGAAACUAUACCCAAGAUCAAGAACUUAUGUCUUUAAUGCUUUGAUUUCUGCUGAUAAACAAGAUUUUGAAUCUGCAAAUAAGUUUUUCGAUGAAGCUUUGAAAUUAAAUCCAGAUUCUGCUGAAGUUUAUUAUCAUAAAGGUCAAUUAUAUUAUCUAACUGCUGAAUUAACAAAAGCAAGAGAAGCUUUUGAAAAAGCUAAAGUUUUAAACCCAGAAAAUGUUUACUCUUAUAUUCAAUUAGCUUGUAUCUCUUAUAGAGAAGGUUCUUCAAAAUUUGAUGAAGAAUUUGCAAAUGCAAAGAAAAAAUUCCCAACUAAUCCAGAUUUACCAAAUUAUUAUGGUGAAAUUUUAGCUGAUAAAGGUGAUUUAGUUAAUGCUAUAAAACAAUUUGAAAUUUCUUUCAAAUUACAAGAUGCUUUACCAAAUAUUACUAUUGGAGUUUUACCUUUAGUUAAUAAAGCUGCAAUCUUGGCAAAACAACCAACUGAAGAAAAUAUUAAAGAAUCUAUUGAAUUAUUAGAAAAAGCUGUUAAAUUAGAUCCAAAGAAUGAAUUAUCCAAAAUCACAUUGGCUCAAUUAAAAUUACAAUCAAAUGAAAUUGAAGAUGCUAUUAAAUUAUUUGAAGAAGCUAGUUAUUUAACAAGAACUUAUGAAGAAAAAUUACAAGCAACUUCAUUUGCUGAAGCUUCAAAAAUUCAAUUAAGAAUGAAGAAUGAUCCAAUCUUGAGUAAAAAAUUAAAAGAAAUUAUUGAAAGAUAUGGUGCUGAAGGUUUAGCAUGA